AUGCCUCCUGGGGGCCCUCGAACACCUCCUCGCGAGGCAGAGGUGUCCAACGGACAGCCCUUGCUCAUCACAACACGCAACAUUAUGCCUCCCAGCAGACCUCGAUCACUUGCAAUAAAGGCACUCGUGUCCGACAAACGGCUCUUGUUCAGCACAACACGCACGAAGGCACCAGCUUUUCCACCAGUCCGCACAGACAUUUCCCACGACGAGCACAGAUCGACUAUUCUCGCCAACGACCAACUUCAGCGUGAGCCUCGAACAGCUGCCCACAUGGCAAAAGUGUCCAACCAACGGUCCUUGUUCAGCACCGUACGCAUCGCAGCACCGGCCUGUCACAAAUUCGACAUCCUAGCCAGCAAUCAACUUCAGCGCGAGCUCGACCAGUCCCUCGUCCAGCACUCCCCCGCUCAAGCAGAACCGAACAACACUGCAUCCUCCCCACUGUACACCAAACUACCAACAGAGCUACGCCAGCAAGUUUUCAGCUAUCUUGUCACUGUGCCAGAGACAGUCCAUAUUCACCCUGUCAACAACAACCCCAGACUCGGAUUCCGCCUAUUUCGCUGUGCCGACGAUAAUGCUACAGACCUUCGCAAGGGAAUGUGCCGCUGCGAAGGAAUUGGUCGACUCUCCCUCAGUGCGGCCCCGCCAAGCCCUCCGGCGUUUCUCGACACAAACCUUCUGCUCCUUUCCCAUACUAUCCGCCGCGAAGCUCUCGACCUGAUCUUCUCGCGCAAUCGCUUCGCCUUUACUUCUCUGAGAGAUCUGUACUACUUCGCGACAAAAUUUACACUGGAGGCGCGCGCAAUCGUUGGGGAGUUGAGAACCUUAGAGCUUUUUGUCUACCUGGAUGACUUGUCGAAGUACGAGGAGCCGUAUGUUGAUGGGUUCAUAGUGCCGUUCUUACCGCUCCGAUUUGGCCAUCCGCAGCUACGGAGGGCCGCCUCAUCGCAGGACAUGACUAAAGCCCACAGCAACGACAAGUUGCCGCUCGAUGUUCACAUCAAGGUCGCUCUCGGGUCUCUGAGGCUGACCACGGGGUCCCUACGGCAGGAGAUGACGACGUAUGUCAAGGAAAGGCUGGAGAAUGUGUUUGACGGGAAAUGGGCGUCACAGGAGGAUGUGCCGAUGGCGAAGAAGCCGAAGGAGGAGGUGCCGACGUAUGAGCGCGAGCCGGAGGAUAGAAGAGGGUUGCUGUUCAUGGGGGACUAG